AUGGACGUCACUUCCACCCUGCUAGACAAAAGCGACAAUGUCGCAGGCGACCCAUCUGACGUCGUCCCUGGGGAAAAAAAGUUCUUCUUCUCAUCAAUUGGUAAAGCUCAUUUGAUAAACGUGCUUUACGGGAUUGGCUAUACAAUACAAAUUGCGAUGCUACCCUACAUGUUUGUGGGGUCCAUGUUUUUUGGGAGACUCGCUGACAUAUGGGGAGUGAAGAAAUCCUUUUACUUGUCCCUUUGCUCCUCCAGCCUGAUGUACCUCAUGCUGCCCGCCUGCAGAGCCACCUGGGCAUACUACGUCAGCUUCCUGCCCUCGUUCUUCAUGCAAGCCUUCCAAGCCUCCUCCCUUCUCGUAUGCCUCAAGACAGACAGCGAAAAGAGGACCGCUGCCAUCGGUUACCUCAACCUCAGUUACGGCAUGGGUAUCAUCCUAGGGAGUCUCAUCGCUGGCUUUAUGGUCAACUUUGUCGGUCCAAGGGGAAAUCUAUUCAUAGCCCUGGGGUCACAAAUAGCAGCAUUGUAUGUAGCCAAAACAUUGAGUGAGGAUCCGAAGUUAUUAAAACCUGUGAAUUUAGGAGAAAUAAAAAUAAGGGAAAUUCUAAGGGCCUUGCUAUACAUAUGUGGGACUAGUCAAAUGACAAAGAGGGUAGAGCAAUCCGAGUUGGGAACUGCCAUUGGUUUGAAUACAUCCAUUUUUUACGCCGUCACAAUUGUGGCUCCAUAUCUCGCCUUCAAGGCGUACAUCGCCUUAGGCUUGGGCCUCUACUGGUUACUCUGCGCCUUCAUCUGCCUAGUCAUCACCACGUACAUUUUCGCCCUGGACAAGUCCACACUGCAAAUUUUUAAGGAGGACAAUGACAGCCUGGAAACCAUGUUUUCCAGCGUCAAAUUGGCCUUAUAA